UUAGGCUGCAGUGUAUUCAUCUUUUUAUUAAUCUCAUUUACUUUGAGUCUUCAUGGAGUAAAAUCAUUGCCGAGUCUACAAGUAAAAAUCGUACUCUUCUUUGGUGGGGUUCGGAAGUUGAAUACGAAUUGAGCACCCCGCGUUGAAAGUAUCAUGGCGAACGAACGAUGGUUGAAACAGCAUUUCUAACGAACGAAAAUUGGACGGAGCCUAAAAUGCGAAACAGAAGAUUCUUGGAGUACACUCUGGUACUGAUACUGACUACUAUCAUCAUUCUCCAAUGGAUUUCAUAUGAAACUUUGCAAGAAAAAUAUUCUUCGUAUCCAGAUAUCAAACGACGAAUCGAAAAUUCCAUGAAUGGCACAAUACUCACCCCCGGGCAGACAAAACAUGUAAAAAUAAUGAUAGAAGAUUUAACGGUAGAAUUAUCAUCUGAUUUACUCAAGCGUCAGGCGUAUUGGCGUAAAAAACCGACAAUAUACGCUAUAACGCCAACUUUCGCAAGACCCGUUCAAAAGGCAGAGCUCACAAGACUGGCGCAGACUUUUAUGCAUGUGCCAACUUUUCACUGGAUUCUCGUCGAGGACUCCGUCAAUGAAACUGUGCUGGUAUCUAAUCUAUUAAAAGAAAGUGGCAUUGCGUAUACACAUCUCACUGCGGUAACGCCACCGAAUUAUAAACUUGGGAGGAACGAUCCGAAUUGGAAGAAACCAAGAGGCAUUGAGCAAAGAAAUGCUGCACUGAAGUGGUUGCGUGAAAAUCUUGGUCCAGACGACGAAGGAAUCGUUUAUUUUGCCGAUGACGACAACACGUACUCAAUUAAAUUAUUCGAAGAGAUGGAGAAAAUUAGGCACGUCGGUGUUUGGCCCGUAGGACUGGUCGGAGGACUUAUGGUAGAAAGACCAUUAUGCGAUAAAGCAACGAAUAAAGUCAUCGGAUUUAACUCGGUUUGGAAACCUGAUAGACCAUUUCCGAUGGAUAUGGCUGGAUUCGCGGUAAAUGUUAAGCUACUGUUGAAAAAUAAGGACGCCUGGUUCUCGUUCGAGGUACCGACCGGAUAUCAAGAGAGCGAAAUAUUGAGGCAAAUAACGACAAGAGAACAGCUUGAACCUUUGGCGGAUUUUUGCACAAAGGUAUACGUGUGGCACACCAGAACCGAACCUCCUAAGCUAAGUUCUGAGCAGCUGUUAAUAAAAAAAGGUAAAAGAUCUAACGCAGGCAUGGAAGUGUGAGCAAUAUUUGUAUGGUUUUGUAAAAGAUUGUUAAAAGAUAAUGAAGUUGAAUUGAACUGUUAAUUGAUUUUUUGUUGGUCUAUGAUGCGGUUCAGCGUUGAGUGAGAAAGUUAUAUUAGCAUUAAGUAAAAAAUUAUCAGAAAUUAUACCAGUGGACGUUCGAAUACUCUUAGCUAUAUUUUUGUCAUGAUAUUUAUUAGAUCUAAUUCUAUACAUACAAGAGCGGAAGCGUCGCCGAUUCUGACUCAAUGAUUUACUGAUGAGAUUUACGGAAUACAGUAAUACGUGUAUUUCUAAAUAAAGUUCCUUACAAAACAUUAAAA